AUGAAGCAGAAGGAUCUUGCUGAAUCACUGGAGAGAGAUGUGCAGCACAAUAAAUUAAUUAAAAGAGCCCAGCAGGCACUGAAAAUUGAUCAGAAGAAGAAGUUUGAAUGCAUAUUUGAAGGUUUCGUGAAGCAGGGUCCCCCAACGCUACUCAACGAGCUCUAUACAGAGCUCUACAUCACAGAGGGGGGAAGUGGGGCAGUCAAUACUGAACAUGAGAUCAGACAUAUUGAGGCAGCAUCCAAGAGACAGACCACCCAGGAGACUGCAAUCCCCUGCAAUGACAUCUUUAAGCCUUUACCUGGACAAGACAAACCCAUCAGAACUGUGCUUACAAAGGGCAUUGCUGGCAUUGGGAAAACCAUCUCUGUGCAGAAGUUCAUUCUGGACUGGGCAGAAGGAAAAGCCAAUCAGGACAUUGAUUUCAUCUUUUCUCUUCCUUUCCGAGAUCUGAAUCUAAAGAAGGAGAGAGAAUUCAGUCUGAUGCAACUUCUCCAGCACUACUUUCCACAACUGAAAGAGAUUAAAAACAUUGACGAUGAAGUCAAAAUUGUGUUUAUCUUUGAUGGUCUGGAUGAGUGCCGACUUGCUCUAGAUUUCCAAAGCAAUGAGAUCUGCUGUGAUAUAACAGAGUCAUCAUCAGUAGAUGUGCUGCUGACCAACCUCAUUAAGGGGAAUCUGCUUCCCUCUGCUCUCCUCUGGAUCACCUCCCGACCAGCAACAGCCAAUCAAAUCCCUCCAGAGUGCAUCCAUCAGGUGACAGAGGUACGAGGGUUCAAGGACCCACAAAAGGAGGAGUAUUUCAGAAAGAGAAUCAGAGAUCAUAACCAGGCCAGCACAAUUCUCUCACACAUAAAGUCAUCCAGGAGUCUCUACAUCAUGUUUCACAUACCAGUCUUCUGCCGGAUUUCUGCUACUGUCCUGGAGACAAUGUUGGGUGAAACAAAGAGUGGAGAUCUGCCCAAUAGUCUGACUGAAAUGUACACACACUUCCUGCUCAUUCAGACUAAUAUGAAUAAUCAGAAGUAUCUUGGCACCAAUCGAAAGAAAAUGUCAGUGUCAGAUACAGAAAUCAUCCUGAAAUUGGGACAGCUGGCUUUUCUACAGCUGAAAAAGGGCAAUCUGAUAUUCUAUGAAGAGGACCUGAGAGAGAGUGGUAUUGAUGUAAAUGAAGCUUCAGUGUACUCUGGGGUGUGCACAGAGAUCUUUAAAGAGGAGUGUGGAUUAGAUCAGCAGAAGGUCUACUGCUUUGUGCAUCUGAGCAUUCAGGAGUAUCUGGCUGCCUUGUUUGUCUUUCAUUCAUUAGUAAGUGAGAACAGAAAUGUACUCAGUGCAGAUGAAUCAAAACCUUACAGUGACAGAGUGCAGCUGUCUGAGUUACACAAGAGUGCAGUGGAUCAGGCCUUAGAGAGUAAGAAUGGACAUCUGGACCUUUUCCUCCGAUUCCUUCUUGGCCUCUCUCUGGACUCCACGCGGACUCUGUUAGGAGGGCUACUGACACAGACAGGAAGCAGUUCACCUACGAGAAGCAGAUCAGAGAGCAUUGAGAAAACAGUCCAGUACAUUAAGAUGAAGAUCAGGGAGGAAUCUUCAGCAGAGAGGACCAUCAAUCUGUUCCACUGUCUGAAUGAACUGAAUGACAACUCUCUAGUGGAGGAAAUCCAGAAUUCCCUGAGGUCAGGAACACUCUCUGAUAAAGAGCUGGAACCACACCAAUGUUCAGCUCUGGCCUUUGUGUUACUAAUGUCAGAGGGGAUCCUGGAUGAGUUUGACUUGAAGACCUACAACAUAUCAGCAGCAGGUCAUCAGAGACUGCUACCAGUAGUCAGAAACUGCAGGAAAAGAAAGAAAGAAUGUAAGGUUUCACUGGAGUUGGGUUGGUGUAAUCUCACGGAGGUCUGCUGUGAUGUUCUGGCCUCAGUCCUGCGUUCUCCUCACUCAGAGCUGAUAGAUCUGGAGCUCAGAGACAAUGAGCUGCAGGAUUCAGGAGUGAGAGCACUCUCUGCUGGACUGGAGGACCCACACUGUAAACUGCAGAGACUGGGGAUGUCAAGCUGUGGAGUCACACAGACAGGCUGUGAUUAUCUGGCUUCAGCUCUGUGUUCAAACCCCUCACACCUGAGAGAGCUGGACCUGAGCUACAAUCACCCAGGAGACUCAGGAGUGAGAGCGCUGUCUGCUGCUAAACUGGACACACUCACACUGCUUGUGGACCAUGGAGGAGAGAACAGGACCAAACCAGGACCCAGGAAAUACGGCUGUCAGCUCACGCUGGAUCCAAACACGGCGAACAGAGAACUGUCCCUGUCUGAGGGGAACAGGAAGGUGACCCACACACUGGGGAGAGAGGAGUCAUAUCCUGAUCAUCCAGAGAGAUUUGAGUACUGGCCCCAGGUUGUGUGCAGAGAGAGUGUGUGUGAGCGCUGUUACUGGGAGGCUGAGUACAGUAUGUCUGACGAGGGAAUGGUUUAUGUAGCAGUGACAUAUAAAGGAGAGGAUUCUGACUGCUUGUUUGGAGGGAAUAAAAACUCCUGGAGUCUGAGGCAUGUUAAACACAUUUACUCUGUCAGUCACAAUGCCAUCAACACACACAUCCCUGCCUCCCCUUACCGCAGAGCAGGAGUGUGUGGUGAUAAUGGCGCUGGCAAAGGAGUGUAUGUGUACAGGGUGGGAGUGUGUGUGGACCGUCCAGCCGGCACUCUGUCCUUCUACAGCAUCUCUGACACUAACACACUGACCCUGCUGCACACAUUCCACACACACUUCACUGAACACACACCCCUCUGUGCUGGAUUUGGAGUGUAUAACUCCUCAGUGUCCCUGUGCCAACUGGAGUAGAGUUUAUGUCUCUCUGAUACACAUACACACACAUAUGCAGUACGGGAACAAAUUUUGGAAACAUUGUGAUUUAAAAAAUUUAGUACCCUUGCUAAAUGUGUAUCUAUGCCCUUUCUUUCGUUUGAGUGUUAGUAAUUAGCUAAGUAAUGGGCAUCAGUAAUUAGAAAUGCACAAGUAUUAAAGCCAAAAAAUUAUUUGCUUUGCAUGAAUAUUAUCAUUUUAUGUAGAAAAUACUGGACAAAGAAAUACAUGAUUAAUCGGAUGAUAAAAUUUCCAACAGUAAAAUACAAUAGACUGCUAAAAUAUGUAGGUAUGACACAGAUUUAACACAAAUACUAAUUAUUUCUAAAUUUUAAUUUUAUGUUGAUAUCACAUUUAUUACAUAUUGCAUUAAUUACAUAUCUAUUAAACUUAUUAUCUAUUAUUCCAAAAAGUCAGAUUGUUGC